ACUUUAGUUUGCUGCAAACCCAAUAGAGUGCAGCAUAUAGCAUGUUGUGCAGGUCCAUUCCUCGAAUGGCUUCUGCAUCGUGCGAUUUCAUUGGAACUACUGGUCGGCGCUAUCGGUUCGAGGAAUUGCUCCAAGAAAGACCACACGUAGGACGUGUCUGGUUGGCAAGAUCCGGACGUGAUAAAUUUCUCCUGAAAGACAUACCAAAGGACAUCUAUACGAACUUCAUCGAGAGGAUAAAACCACAGCUCCCUGAAAGUCGCUACAUUCGUCUCCCAUGCGACACUAUUCCAGGCCAUCGGAUAUUAGUUUAUAAAUACUUGACGGAUAACUUCUUACAUCUUAAGAAAAUCUUAAAAAACUGCCUGCUAGGCAUUGCUGAGUUGCAUGAAAGGCAUAUUGUUCAUCUCGAUAUCAAGCCAGACAAUGUCCUAGUUGGCUGCCGUCAGGAUGAACAGGGACUGAUCAUUGAAGAUAUUCAGAUCAUUGACUUUGAAAAUGCCGCGUACAUUCCUAAGGGAAGGUGCAUUAAAGGUAUGCUCGCUGGAAAUGACAACUGGCGCAGUCCCGAGGCACAUUUCAAGGGUGAACUGAACAAACCAACUGAUAUCUUCUCAUUUGGCAUUGUUUGCAUCUAUGCUGUACUUGGACACGUAAUACUUGGUCCUGAUGAUGAUUUCCGGACGCAUGAAAUGCAGGGUGUAUUCCCUGCCAUUAUUCGCUUGCAGCGCCAGGUUUCAUAUUUUGGCGACCACGACGGGGUCAAUGGCCUCUUGAGACACCUCCAGGACGAUGAAUCUAGUUGCCAAGUUUUAAAGAUGCUAUGGGAUGGGAGGACUGACGAGGACAUCCCAUACAAGUCAUUCUCCGAAUGGCCAGAGGUUGUCGAUCCUGCAUUUGAAGACCUUAUUCGGGGGUUGACAAAUCUGAAUCCCACUAAACGACUUACAGCGCGUCAGGCGCUGGAGCAUCCAUGGUUUAUGGGCCUGUGAGAAUGGCCCCGGGUUAGGAUAGCAGACUGGGCGAAAGCUUGAUUACUUGGGAUGUCUUGUUCUUGC